AUGCAUGAAUAUGACCCUACGAUAGAGGACUCCUACUCCGUAACCCGCAACAUCGACGGCACCGAUUACUUCCUCUCCAUCACCGAUACCGCCGGUCAAGAAGAAUAUCGCGGGCUUUGGGCAGCAUCCAAUCUCAAAUCUGACGCUUUUUUGAUGGUAUACGACAUCACCCACCAGCCCAGCCUAGAAGCUUUGGACUAUUUCAUGGAUAUGAUUGAUAUCGAGGCCGAGCAACGGCUAGAAGAUAAUCAGCGCAUUAUGAAGGAAUUGGGGAGUGAGGCGCGUAAUCUUCAGGUCGGCAUGCCGCCGCCAGUCAAGAUUGUUGCUGGCAAUAAGUGUGAUCUCAAAGAUGCGAGAGCAAUAUCGGCUCGGGAUGGGUUGGAGUAUGCCCGGAAACAUGGAUGUGGAUUUAUGGAAACGAGUGCGAGGGAAAUAGUCAAUAUUGAGGAGACAUUUGCGCUCAUUGUUCGACGUGUGGUCGAGGCCCGAAGGCAACAUUACCAAUCCCAACAGCUGGAAGCCCGGAUGGGGUCGUCCACUGCGCGCACGCCUGCAUUGACUGUUAGCGAGCGGCAAGCGACCAACCCGCAACAAUCCAAAGAUGGCCAACGCCGACGCGGAGGGUUUCCUCUCUUCAGUGGUAGGAAGGACGCUUCGAAGCGCGUAUCUUUCGCGGCCGGCAGUAACAAAGAGGGAGGACUCCAGCAACGCGAUAUGGAGGGACAACAAACAGAGGAUCGUCAUCACGGCGACGAAGCUAUCAAAACAUCGCACGCAACGAAUACGCCUUCGAAUGCAGACAACGAUACUUCAUACGCCCAUGAUGAAAAUGAAGACUUCUCGCUUGAUCUGCCGCCAGCUCAUGACCAUAAUGCCGACGAUAGGACAGAGGACAACAUACUACACCAUUCGCUCGACAUUGAGGACGAUGACGCAGCCGAUGACGACCAUCGACAAAAUAACCAGACGAUCCUGGAAGAAAAAGAAAUGCAAAGAAAGCUUAUGGAUAUUGAGUCAAGCUUCCUACCGGAGCCGUCGACGAUCGAAAUGGCUGCUUCCGAAAACGCAGGCGUUGACGACACAUACCUCGUUGGGGUGCCGAGCAGAGACCAUGAACAAGACUCCUACAACCCGGACAUAUCUCAAAUACAGGAAGAGAACUCGAUUUCCGAAUUGCCUCAAAUAGUCACGCAUGAUGAGUCGGAUGACCCAGUUUACAACCCAACAGAUCCUACCACAACGCCGGCGACAAAUCGAGAGUCGGAACUCAACACGUCGGCAUUAGAAACAUUGACUUCGUCGCCCACUGCAGCCGCUGCGCAGCGAACAAUUUCUCGUGCUCUGUCUAACACGUCUAGAUAUACGCAAGAAGGCAGCACUUUUGCGGAAUCCGCCGACGUUCACCGGAGCUUGACGCCUAGAAAAAGUCGGCGUAACUUGUCGCCGGCUUUUUCUGACACGAGGCGAUCGCGGGAGGCAUUUGUGGAUAGCAAUGAAGACGAUAAGACCUCGGGACCUCAGUCGAAGCGCUCUCGCCCUAAAUAUCUGAGUAGUCGCCAAUCAUCGCAUCGAUUUUCUGCAUCGUCAAUCACGAGCACCAAUACAGACGCGACGAGUAGCGAUGCAACGCUAGGUGCGGACUACGCAUUACAAACAGGCGGAGCGGUAUCUUCGAGAGUAACAAGUAUGGGAAGGAAAGAUUUGUCGCGGACCAUUAGUCUAGGCAGCAUGGCUUCCGGUGUAUCGGCACUCAGCGAAGAAAAUGUUCUUGACCGACGUGUUCUUAGUGGUGCGACAGAUGGCGGUCUACACACCCUCGACGAAGAAGAUACGGGCUCCGUAGCUGCUUCGAGAGACACAGAAGAUAAUGCGCCGAUGACGCCAAGGGCUGGUUCUAGGGAUCUCACUUUGCCAACGGAUACAGUGGUUGCGCAGCAUGUGCAGGAUAUCCAGGUACCUGGUACUUUUGCUCGAGAUUUUCACGCCAAAUUUUCGACCAACAUAUCUCCUGACAAGCGAACUGGGGCACCAACGCCUGCUUUCGGACGAAGCGGCAAGAGCAUGACCCUGAAAGAGCAGAGUAGUACCAUCGACCGCUUAUCGAAGGAAAACUUCGACUUGAAGAUGAGAAUUCAUUUCUUGAAUGAGGCCUUGAAUAAAAGAUCCGAAGAAGGUAUCAAGGAAAUGAUCUCUGAAAACGUCGAGUUGAAGUCGGACAAGAUCAAACUUCAAAAGGAGAACCAAGGAAUGAAACGUACUAUUCGAAACCUGGAGAAGCAACUCAAAGAUAGCCAAUCUAAUAAAGGCGGUGCUGACACGGAAGGCGAGACGAGUGAGGAUGACAAGCGGAAUGAUUUAGAAGAAGAAGAGUUGAUAUUCCUCAGGGAGAGGAUCGAAACAUACGAGGUCGAGAUCGAGAGGUUACGGACUGAGAGUAUUGUACGGGAAAGCGAGAAGCGCCGACUGGCCGAAAUUGUCAAGUCUAUGGGCGAGAACAGGCCGGCUGAUUCGGAGGCUGGCGCAAGAGAGGAGAGAGAAAUGUGGAAAGACAUGCUUGACGCUGAAACAGCCGCUCGCGAGCAGGCUGAAGAUGAGAACCGCAAGCUGCGUGACGAUAUUCUGCGCAUGAGAGCAGAAGGUAAUGUCGCUGGCUCUGAAGCUGGAAGAUUCGGUCGAACCGGGCGCAAAGGCUCUUUCAUUUCGCAUUCCACGACAUCUGAUCAUGAUCGCCGACUGGCAGUCCCAAGCUCGACCAGCAGUACGCUUGUUGAAAUUGAGUUGCUAAAGAAAGAGAAUGCCGAAUUGCGCAGAGAAGUCAGUGUGCAAACGUCGAUGCUGACCUCUAGAAAUAGAGAGAAAGAGCGCUUGUACCAAGAAAUUGAAGAUCUCAAGCUUCAACGCCGCGAUGGCGGACGAUCCAUCGCCGGUGAUAGCAUCUUUGAGCGGUCAGCCUCGCGAGCUCACGCACGUUCUUCUUCUCGGGCGAGCAAUGGCACAAGAGAAUCUCGUAUGAGUGAUACCGAGCGCGAGUCACUGGAAGUACGCAAUGGUGAAUUACGCGAUCAAGUCUCGACUCUCAAGAUCGAGAACCAAGGACUCCGAAGCCAGCUGGAUGAAUAUACGGCCGAGCUCGAGGCUCUUGACAAGGCAUAUCAAGCUGAUGUAGACACAGCCGAAGAAGAAUUGCAAAUACUUCAGCAAGAGCGCGAUCAGGCUCUACAAGUGGCUGAAGAACGCGAAGCUGCGUUGCAAGAUCUCAAGGCAGAGGCACAGGAAGAGAUCGAUACACUCGGUGAUGAGCUUGAUCAGAAGGUUGAGGAGUGCAACCGGAUGGAGAUGACGCUUCGAAGUCAAGAAGAGAACCUCAGGACGUUGCAAGCUGAGAUGAGAUCUGCUAGCGAGGGUAUUCUCCGACUCGAAGAAGAUGCGCAGAGCAAUCUACGGAAAUUCAAGCAAGUGCAGCAGGAGCUAGAAGACUCGAACAGAGAGAUUGAAUCUUUGGAAAAGAAUCUCUUUGAGGCGAAUGGAAAAGUACAAAGGUUGACAGUCCAGAUUGAGUCUAGCCAGGGUGAAAUAACAUUCCUGCGCGAAGAGCAAGAUGCAGACAAGAUCCGUAUCAGUGAACUUGAUGCCGAACUCAAGGCAUACAGAAUUAACCUACAAGUCGAGAAGGAGAAGACGAAAGAACUAGAAACGCGACUCGCAGAAGAACGACACCAACGCGAAGUGGUCGGUAGCAAGGAGAAACAGGAAGUUCAGCGUAUCAUGAAUGACCUCAAUCGGGAAGCUUCAGCAGCCAAGGAUGAAAUCCGAAGACUGAAAAAGACGCUCUCUGCACGAGAGAUUGAUGCAGCGACAUGGAAAGAGCGACUCAUGGAGCUUGAGAACGGUUUACGGGAAGCCGUUGGAGACUUGAACGGUACUCGAUCUAGUCUCCUAAAUUCCGUCAUCAAGCUUCAGAAAGAGCUUGAAUCAAAGUCUCUUGACUUGGAAAGCACUAGGUCCAAGCUCGAUGAGAAAGAGUCACUGUUGCAGAGUCGUGAGGCACUGUUGGAGAGUCACGGAUUAGAGUCUCGCAAGCUUGGGGAUCUGCUGGAUCGAGAACGACAAGCUCGUCGCGCGGAUAAGCAUUCGUUUGACCAAGCCUUGAAGUCGCAGCAACAAGCGUCGCGAACGAUCUCUCAACACAAUUCCCGGAUCAGCGACUUAGAGUCGGCAAGAAGCCAAGACCGAAAGCGGUUUGCAAGUCUCGAACAACAAUUGAAGGAUCAACUCAGCGAGCGUAAUGCGCUGUACUUGACGCUCUGGAAGAGGCUUUCUGCAAUGUGUGGACCCGACUGGGCGCAUAGCAAUAGCCUGAUUAACGGCAAUCUUCCUAGUGUAGAGGUCAUUGGCAACAUACUCUUCUGGCCGGGUUUCAGUCGCAAUCUCCUUCUUUCAGUCAAGACUGUCGAGAACAUGCUCUCCGGAUUCAGGACUCGAAUUAGGCAAGUUGAACGUGACCUGACCAAGGAGUACCAGUCUCUGGAGCACAACUUUGGCGUUAGAGUCAAGAAACUCGAGCGUCUUGAAGAAGCUGUCCGGAAUAUUCGCAGUCAACAACGAGCUGCCGGUGUAUCGCCCGAAGUUACUAAACUUAAAGGCGAGGUUCGUUUCCUGAAAGCCGAACUAAAUUUGAUGCAAUCCAACCCUUCGUCUCGACGGACUGGCUCUAAUCUCAGCCAUGCUACCACCGCUGUAGAUCAGGAGCCCCUCGCUUCGCCCAUCAGCCGUACGCAGUCGACGCUUGUCCGCUCAGACUCGCGAGGCAAGAAAGGAACGCUCUCUCGCAGUCCAACCGGCAUGCCGCAACCGCCCACCACUCUUGUAGAAACAUCUUCAACAUCCUCGCACCGCAAACCCAACGAUUCUGAACAAGACAACGUCAUGAUCCAACGCCUACGCGAGCUAGAACGCAGACUCAAAAACGAGCGGGUGGCAAGACUAGCAGACCGCGACGGGGCCAGGAAAAGACUCGAGGAACGUGAUGCAGAAAACGAAGAACUGCGCGCAGAACUGGAGCGAGAGCGAAUGCGUAGGAGUACGCGGGGGACUUUGGAGCCUCCAUCUCUAGGUCGGGGAAAUAGUCAACGGAAAAAAUCGACGACGUUGGUGGUUGAUUCGGGACCGACUUCGUCUGGAGAGGAUGAUAAGCGUACUUCUGGGAGCGAUAACGAGGAUACGGAUGCUCAUAGUUCGUAUGGGGAGGGUAUCACAGUUGAUAUUGAGAUGUAA